AAAAAAGCAGGGAGGCACUCUGCCCUAGAUAUAACACAGACAUCAUUCAGAGAGAGAGACACACACACGCACACAUAUAGAAGUGCAGCAAGGCAGAGCAGACAGAGACAAAGAGACAGGCAACACAAGGACAAACAAGAGACAUGAAGACAGAGAAAGCCAGCCAGCGGAGACAGGUGGCGGUGAAGCGGCUGAAGCAACACUUCACAAGAGGGGAACGAGAGGGAGAGUAAUGAAGAGGUGGUUGCACCAUCUGCUGCCGAGAGAGAGAGAAACAUGUUUGUCGGUUCAGAUGAGAGCGAGCGAGGGAGGCAGCAGCCAGCGAUCUGCAGUGAGAUAAACAGCACGACCCCUCCUGAAUGGAGUCAGAAUGAGGAGUCUGCAGCUAGCGAGGAGGAGAUUGUCUUUCAAAGAGAAUAGAUUGUUGCUGUUCUGAGGAGACCCCCGAUACCAACAAGUGCUAAUAAGAAGCUGCGUCCCCGUGUGGAGGAGCCGCAGCAAUCGUCAUCUCUGUUUUGGAAAUAUUUACAGUGGAAAGCGAUCUGAGGACAGGAAUCGUGGAGCUGGUAUGUUCUAUCUCUAAACACAGGCAGAGGAAAGUUUUUUUUUAUAAAGAAAAUCUGGGGUUGCAGCUCUCUCUCUCUCUGAGAAUGCACACUCCGGGCUCCAUGGUGACGGGGAUCGUCUUUUCCCCGCUGGGACUGGUCCUCGUCUUCACCGCCGCCAUCACCCCUCAGUGGAGAGAGGGGCAGGCGCGUCUGAAUAUGACCGGGCCGGGGUCACUGCUCCGGUCGAGCGUGAAAGGUCAAGGGUCAACGGACUCGCUGCUCUUGCUCCGCUCUGACGGACUCUGGGAGACGUGCCUGCAGGUGGAGCACUCGGAGCUGAAGCAGUGCUGGCCCGCUGCAGGUCCGUAUCAGAGAGACUCCAGGGUCCGCCUCGCCCAAGGUCUGAUCCUGACCUCGCUGUUCCUGUGCGGCACCGGCAUUGUCCUGGCGUGCAUCGGGGUCCGCUGUUGGACGGAUCUACCUCUGAGGGGUGUCGCUGCGACGGGCGGACUCUUGGUUGUGACCGCAGGGCUGCUGAGCCUGACUGCUCUCGGGGUGUACACGCACAACCUCGGGAUGCUGGGGAUGAGCAGUCAAGGGACCAAGUUCCCCCAACUCAGCCUGCACCCAGCGGGGUCGCUCUACUUUGGAUGGCUGGGUUCAUGUUCACAGGUGCUGGGAGGCAGCGCUCUGCUGCUCAGCUUCAAACGGCCAAAGUGUCCGACCUGCCCCUCCUGCCCCGAGCUGCCCGCCUGUCCUGCCUGUCAAUCAUUUCCAGAGCUCAGCAACAAGCCAGACAUGAAUGUUUACGAAGUCAGCUGUUAGAAUACAAAGACUUUCAGACAACACGGGGACAUAUACUUCAAAUUUAACAGCUAAUCAAUCUGCCAGCUAAUGAAGUGAAGUAAUUCAUUAAUGACUGUGAACUGCUACACAUCGUCACUGAAAGAUUAAUGGAACAUGAUGGAUGUUGUUGGCUCUUGAUGAAGACACAAACUAACAUGUAAAAUACAACAAAAAAAGAAUCAAAGAUUGUCACUGAUUCACUGAAAUAAUCAAUGUUGAAAAGAGCUCAAGUUCCUGCUGCCUUUAACUGCGACAUGUCGUAAGUCUCUUUGUGCUGCCUUUCAUAUUGUAGCCAUGCAUAUGUACUGUUAGCAAGCAACACAGUAUGUUUUUCAUUAAGGGCUGUCAAGCAAUUACAUUUUUUUUUAUUUUAAUCUCUUAAUUUCAGUAUUUAAUCUGAAUUAAUCACAUGUUUGGAAUUCAAUUAUUUUACAUUUAAUGAUAAAAUUAUCAUUUUUAGGCUUUUAUUUUGAAAAAUGUUUAACGUCUUAAGCUGAGUGUACUUUACUUGCUGUUUGAAAUCAACCCCGCUUUUAUUUUGAAAUAAAGCAAGGUCCUUCUUGUAGAUUUAACGUGAUGACAUUAACUCAAGCGAAGGGAAAAAGUUACUCGUUAUGGAUCAAAAACUAAAUGAAAAAAACAUCUCAAAGGGACGGUAACAAAGUCAAAUGUUUUGGACUUUGGACUCGUCAGUUGAGCUGUCAGAGUUUUUUAAAGUGAAAUGAGACAUUCAAGGACGCAGCAGUGUCGUUCUUUUCCAUCACUCUGACUAGAGGGAGACACUGCGGAGGCUAUGGUGCCCCUAAAGGCACAAAAUAGAAUGUGAUUAAUUAAAAAAAAAAAAAAAAAAAAAAGAAUGCCUUAAUUUCAGACCUUGAUUAAUUGGGAUUUAUUUGUUAAUGCUGACAGCCCUAGUUUUUUUGUGUCCGAAGAAAACUGUGACGUAAAUAUUUGUGAUAAAUUUAGAGAGCUGUAGCUUAAAUAAAGUUAGAGCUUAAAGUAAAAAAUAACCUUGGGAAAAAACUUGUUUAUAUGCUGUUAUUAAACACCAACGUCCAAAGUGGAUUUAACCUAAUUUUAGGUUUAACUUUACUUGUUAAUAUUAAAAAGUGAUGAAAACAGUCUUUCAGAUAUUUUUUUUUUAUAAAUGGAAACAGAAAUCUUGUUUUUUUUUUCCUGAAAAAUUUGCACUCUGAUUGAACUCUGAGGUCACUUUGGACAAUGAAGGAGUCAGACUGAGGUCAGAUCUUUGCCAACUGCUCGUCAGGGUAAAUCUUUGUAUGAUACGUAAACUGAGACGUGCUCAUUUUGUGAACGUGAUAUGACUUACUCAGUGACACAAACUGUCAGUGUGAAGAGGAAAGUAGGAGGAUGUUCAACAGGGUGUUGUUUGUUCUUUGCAGAUGAUUCAUUGGUGUACGCUUGUUCUAUUGUGUUCAUACCUGGUGAUGCAUCCGUCUUUUGAUUAAACAUUUCAAUAUAA